GGAGCAGAGGCGGGCCGAACCAAGGGCCGCCCCCGUCGAUCCCCCACCCCCACCCGCCUGGCCCGCCCCGGAGCGGCGCUGGAGAGUGGGGCGGGGUUCGGGUCAGUCUCAGCCUCCGGCACCGGCCGCGCAGCUGGAGGCAGAGGAUCGGAAGUUUCAGCCAUGGCUGCAAUCCGAAAGAAGCUCGUGAUCGUGGGUGAUGGUGCCUGUGGGAAGACCUGCCUUCUCAUUGUCUUCAGCAAGGAUCAGUUUCCGGAGGUCUAUGUCCCUACUGUAUUUGAGAACUACAUCGCAGACAUUGAAGUGGAUGGCAAGCAGGUGGAGCUGGCUCUGUGGGACACAGCAGGGCAAGAAGACUAUGAUCGCCUGCGGCCUCUGUCCUACCCGGACACUGAUGUCAUCCUCAUGUGUUUCUCCAUUGACAGUCCUGACAGCCUGGAAAACAUUCCUGAGAAGUGGACCCCAGAGGUGAAGCACUUUUGUCCCAAUGUGCCCAUCAUCCUCGUGGGGAAUAAAAAGGAUCUGAGGCAAGAUGAGCACACCAGAAGAGAGCUGGCCAAGAUGAAACAGGAGCCCGUUCGAUCUGAGGAAGGCCGGGACAUGGCAAACAGGAUCAGUGCCUUUGGCUACCUUGAAUGCUCAGCCAAGACUAAAGAAGGGGUGCGGGAGGUGUUUGAGAUGGCCACUCGCGCUGGCCUGCAGGUCCGAAAGAAUAAGCGCCGGAGGGGCUGUCCCAUUCUCUGAGUUUCCGAGGUCUCUCCAAUUUCCCCUCCCUCCCUCCCUCUCACAGGGGUACAAAUUACCCCCAUCCCACUCCACCCUUGUAGGACUUCAUGCUGCCAGUUUCUCUUUUUGGUUCCUUCCUGCCCAGGACUGCAUGAGUUUCCCCAGCCCCAAGUGGGGGCUGGUAGGCCCUUUCCUCCCUGCCUCUGGGAACCAGGCUGGUGCCCUGCCCUUCCUGCGCAGGGCCCCUCCUCCUGCUGCGUGGGUCCAGGAGUAGGGCUCUUAGUCCCUGGGCCUUCCCCAUAUCACACACCAGCACUUUAUAUAUUUCUGGCUCACAGGAGUCUGGGGUAGGGACCGGGAUUUCUGCUUUGGGUAGUAGCCUCGACUUGGUGGGAGGGCAGGACAUUAAUAAAGGUCAAAGGUUGCACCA